UGAGGGCCUUUAAUUCCCUCUAUAAAACGCGAUCAUCAUCACCUUUACUAACACAAUAUAGACACUGCACGACCUUUUUUCUCGUUUGCUUUGUUGAGUAGACAUGGCUCCAAAUAGGCCUUCAAAUUACGAGGAUGAUCAGGUUUUGGUGGAAGGAAACUCUCAUAUAAAGACAAUGAUAUUAAAUAGGCCUCUAAAAUUCAACGCCCUCAACUAUCAAAUGGUUUUGCAAUUGUCGGAGGAGCUCCAGAAGUUGGAAAAUGAUCCUGUUGUUGGGUUGGUAAUUGUAAAGGCAAAUGGAAAAGUAUUUUGUGCGGGAGGAGAUGUUAUUGAAUACUAUCGUUGCUCGCUCACAGGUGAGUGGGCACUGGCAGCUAAAAUUUAUCAAAAGCAACUCACCUUGGACUACCUAGUGGCAACAUACAUUAAGCCCGUGGUUUUCCUGAUCAAUGGGGCAGUGAUGGGAGGUGGUGCUGGACUUUCUAUGAACACAAGCUACCGAGUCGUUACCGAAAAUACGGUCUUUGCAAUGCCAGAAGCAGCUAUAGGACAUUAUCCGGAUGUUGGAGCAUCUUAUUUUCUUUCUAAGCUUCCCGGCUUCUUAGGGGAAUAUCUUGGCCUUACUGGUGCAAAACUGAAUGGUGCUGAGAUGGUAGCAUGUGGACUUGCCACUCACUUUGUUCCUUCAAAAAAUUUACUUUUGUUGGAGAAAUCAUUGCAUGAGGUGGAUGUUGCUGAACCAAAUACAAUCCAGGGAAUUAUUAGCAAAUAUACUCAGCAAGUGCCAUUGAAAGAACACAGUGUUCUUCAUAGGCUUAACCUCAUCGACCACUUUUUCUCAAAACAAACAGUAGAACAAAUCUUAUCUUCCUUGGAACAUGAGAAUGCAACUUUGAAAGAGGAGUGGAUUACUAAGUCAAUAAGAUCAAUGAAGGCAGCAUCACCAAUAAAUCUUAAGAUCUUCUUUAUGUCGAUUAGGAAAGGUCGAUUUGAACCACUUGAAGAGUGUCUAAUUCGAGACAGUAGAAUAUCUUCUCAUUCUAUUCGACGAACAAUGUCGAAUGACUUUCUUGUGGGUGUUAGGGCAACACUAUUGGAGAAAAAUUACAAACCAAAGUGGGAGCCUUCGAAAUUGGAACUGGUUAGCAAUGAUAUGGUGGAGACAUAUCUGACAAAGAUACCUGAGAUUGAAGGCUGGAAAGAACUCCAACUUCCUACCAGAGACAUGCUUGAGAAGGCACUCAGAGCUAAACUCUAGAGUCUCGUUUACUUGAAGAGAAAUAAAAGGAAUGGAAAUAAGCAAGUUUGAAUAAAAUGUGCAAUGGCAGACAAUGACUUAUUUAUCUGCAACAAAGAGUUAGCACCAAAGACCCAAGGCUUAAUCUCAGCAGAUGAGGUCAUUAAUAUAGGCGCACUUGGAUGUCAUAAGAGCUCAUAAAUGUAGGAAGCGUUACAGCUCAUGCUUUCAAGUAUAGUGUCACGCCCCAAGACCUAGGCGUACACGAGUUAUUCGUGAAUAUAAAUAUUCGAAAAUAACAAGUCUCA